AUGCAGUUUCCACAUCCUGAUUCUCGGAUAUUACCUCAUCAAAUAUUAUGUACUGCAGCACCACUUAAUUCAACAUCCAAGGAACUGAAAAGAGUUGUCGGUUCGCUUGUUGGUCUUGCUGUUGGUGAUGCACUUGGAGCUAGUGUUGAAUUUCGUCCCCGUCAAUAUCUUAUUGAUCAUCCUGCAAAAGAUAUGCAGAAUGGAGGCACGUGGGGUCUUCGAGCUGGUCAAUGGACAGACGACACUUCCAUGGCUUUAUGUCUAGCGUCGUCACUCAUCACUCAUCGUCAUUUUAAUUCAUACGAUCAAAUGGUGCGCUAUAAAUGGUGGUAUAAAAAAGGUUUUCUUUCAUCGACUGGUGAAUGUUUUGAUAUCGGUACUACUACUCGCACUUCACUUGAUGAAUUUUGCCGUCGACAAAAUAUUCUCAAACAACAUUUUCGAGGUAUGAAGGACGAUGACAUUGAUCAUUUGCCGUUAGAGCACGUUAGAAGUGUGCAAAAUUUUAAUGAAUAUUGUGGUGUAGUACAACAAGCUGGUAAUGGUGCGUUAAUGCGUCUUGCUCCUGUGCCUCUGUUUUACUUUCGACACCCUGAAAAGGCUGUUAAAUAUGCAGGUGAGAGUGCCUGUCUUACUCAUGGUGAUCAAAAAGCAGUUGACGCUUGCCGUUAUUAUGCAGCUCUUAUCGUUGCUGCAAUUCAUGGAGAAUCAAAAAAAGAACUAUUAAAUGAGCAAUUUUACGAAAAGCAUAACUCAUGGUUUGGAUCUGUGAAACUUCAUGAUGAAGUUCUACGUGUAGCUCGAGGAUCAUACAAAAAACAAGGUGGUUAUAAAGAUGGUAUUCGAGGAAAAAGUUAUAUUAUCAAUACUUUAGAAGCUGCUCUCUGGGCGUUUUGGUCUGAUGAAAACUCUUUUGAAAAAGGUGUUCUUAAAGUUAUUAAUCUCGGCGAUGACACCGAUACAACCGCUGCCGUAUAUGGUCAAUUGGCUGGUGCAUAUUAUACUAUAUCAGGUAUUCCCUCACGCUGGGGUGAAAAACUGUAUGCUAAUACACUGAUUAUUUGCAUCGCUGAAUGCCUUUAUGUCGAAGGAAGCCGAAGUGAAAAUAAUAUGGUUCAACCGCACCAACCACAAAAAAGACAGAUGACAAUGCAACAUCAGAAUCAGCCAACAAUGUCAACAUCACAGUUCAAUCAACAUCAAGAUUCUUACAAAUCAAUUCAGCAAACUUCAUCUGAAGUUUAUAAGGAUCGUAUCGACUAUGGUAUUCCAUUUAAACAAUUGCAGCCUCAAACGUAUCAUACUACUCAUUCAAACACUAAUAAUUCGUACAGUCGACAGCAAAAAACAAAACGAGAUCCUAGUACUUUACCGCCUGCCGGUUUACACAGUGGUUUUUACAGAAGGUAG